UCUAAAUAAAACUACCUUGACUCUGCUCUGCUCUACCCUUUUUCCUGCUUCUCUCCAAUCCCUCUCUCUCUUCCUCCUCCUCAUCUCUCUCCCUUCAUUUUCCUCUACUUUUUUCUUUCAGAGAGAGAUCUUUACCCCAACCAGAUAACGUCACCGAUCCAUCUCCCCACCUAGCUUGUUGGAUUUUUUUAUUCCCCCAGUUCCUUCCUCCGAAUUGACCCUUUCUUCCCCACCACGGUUGCAUUGGCUUCCUAUAUAACCCUUGAUCCGUCCGUCAGGGCACCUCCUUCGCCUUUGACCCGUCCACCACAUAAUUCACAAUGCGCACAGCGUGCCUCAGAGCAGCAAGCUCCGCGAGCAGGCUCGCUCGCUCCCCCAGAGCAACUCCCCUGACACGUUUUCGCCCGACUCCAUCCCAGAGUGGUGUCUGCUCUCCCCUCCAGAAUGCUGCUUUCCAGCCAUUGAGGCGCUCCUUCCACGCUACCACUGCUGAAGAUGCCCUCGAGAAAGACCUUGGGUCUGACAAGGCCCACGAGCCAUUCCGCAACCUCGACACCUUCCCACGCCGACACAUCGGUCCCUCUGCCAGCUCGGUCAAGAAGAUGCUUGCCACUCUCGACCCUCCGGCCAAGAGCUUGGACGAGUUCGUGAAGCAGGUCAUUCCAGCUAACGUUCUGUCCGACCGGACUCUCAAGAUAUCUGGAAUUGGCAAGAACAGCAACCGCGACUUCGACGAGGGCAUUGCCGAGCGAGACCUUUUGACGGCUUUCAAGGAGAUGAUGGACGAGAACAAGCCAGGACACUGCUUCAUCGGACAAGGCUACGCAGCUUCAAAGGUUCCUGAGGUGAUCAAGAGGAACGUGUUGGAGAACCCAGCUUGGUACACAAGCUAUACCCCAUACCAACCAGAGAUCAGUCAAGGAAGAUUGGAGUCAUUGCUCAAUUUCCAAACUGUGGUAACCGACCUCACUGGUCUGUCCAUUGCGAACGCCUCCGUCUUGGAUGAACCCACCGCUGCCGCCGAAGCCAUGACGCUAUCCUAUGGCUCACUGCCAACUUCCCGACAAAAGCGAAAGGGCAAGACCUUCCUCGUGUCCGACACUUGUCACCCCCAGACCAUCGAUGUCCUCUACUCCCGAGCUGAGGGUUUCGGUAUCAACAUUGAAAUUGUCGAUGUCUUGAAGGACAACAGCAAGAGAGUUGAGGAGCUCGGCAAUGACCUUGUCGGUGUCUUGGUUCAAUACCCUAACACUGAGGGUGGUGUCCAAGACUUCAAGGAUCUAUCCGAGAAGGUCCACAAGAAUGGCGCUCUCCUCAGUGUUGCUACGGACCUCCUGGCACUCACUGUUCUUACACCUCCUGGAGAGUUCGGCGCCGAUAUCGCAUUCGGCAACGCCCAACGUUUUGGAGUGCCAUUGGGCUAUGGUGGUCCACACGCCGCCUUCUUUGCUUGCUCUGACAAGUAUAAGCGCAAGAUUCCCGGCCGCAUCAUUGGUUUGUCCAAGGACAGGCUAGGAAACCAUGCUGCUCGUCUUGCUCUACAGACCCGAGAGCAGCAUAUUCGCCGCGAGAAAGCCACAAGUAACAUCUGCACCGCUCAGGCUCUCCUUGCAAACAUGAGUGCCUUCUACGCCGUAUAUCAUGGGCCUAACGGGCUUACCGAUAUUGCCAGGCACGUCAUUGCUACUGCACGUCGCGUUCAAGGGGCGAUUGCCGAGAUUGGCUUCAAGACUGGCCAGCGCGGCAAAUUGGACAACACCCCAGUGCCAUUUGAUACUCUUGUCGUAGAGACUGGCUCUGAGACUGGUGCAAUCAUCAGUGCAUUGGAGAAAGAGUCGGUCUAUGUUCGCAAGCUCGAUGAGAACCACCUCAGUAUCACCGUUGACGAGACGACCACUAUCGAAUCAGCAUCCAAGCUCGUCAAUGUCUUCGCUGCCCAGAAAGGAAAGCAGGCACCUUCUCUUACCACCCCGACUGAUGCCGACACUGCAUCUGCCUUCAAGAGAACUAGCCCCUUCCUCACCCACCCGGUCUUCAACUCUCAUCACUCUGAGACCGAGCUUCUCCGAUAUAUCUAUCAUCUCCAGUCCAAGGACCUUUCUCUUGUGCACUCAAUGAUCCCCCUAGGAUCUUGCACCAUGAAGCUCAACGCGACCACUGAGAUGGUUCCAGUGUCAUGGCCAACUGUAGGCAACAUGCAUCCGUUCUUGCCAUUAGAAAACGCCAAGGGCUAUACGCAAAUGAUUGGAGAGCUGGAGAAUGAUUUGGCCAACAUCACCGGCUUUCACUCGGUCUCGCUCCAGCCGAAUUCGGGUGCACAGGGCGAGUUCACUGGUCUCCGUGUCAUCAGGAAGUAUCUCGAGCAACAGCCAGGAAAGAAGCGAGACAUCUGCUUGAUUCCUGUCUCUGCUCAUGGUACUAACCCUGCAAGUGCUGCCAUGGUCGGCAUGCGCGUCGUCCCGAUCAAGUGCGAUCCAGUGACGGGCAACCUUGACAUGGCUGAUCUCAAGGCGAAAUGUGAGAAGCACAGCGAGGAAUUGGGCGCCAUUAUGGUGACUUACCCAAGUACCUUCGGUGUUUUCGAGCCAAAGAUCAAGGAAGUAUGCGACCUCAUCCAUGAACAUGGCGGACAAGUCUACAUGGAUGGAGCCAAUAUGAAUGCACAGAUCGGUCUUACCUCACCUGGCGAGAUUGGUGCCGAUGUCUGCCAUUUGAACUUGCACAAGACUUUCUGCAUUCCCCACGGAGGAGGCGGUCCUGGUGUAGGACCUAUUGGUGUUGCAGAGCACCUUGCACCUUUCCUGCCUGGUCACUUGAGGGGCGAGACCGGUGGUACACAAGCAAUUGCACCCGUUAGCGGCGCACCCUGGGGUAGUGCCAGCAUCUUACCCAUCAGCUGGGCAUAUAUCAAGAUGAUGGGUGCCGUCGGACUGACACAAGCGACCAAGAUUACUCUCCUCAACGCCAACUACAUCCUCGCACGCCUCAAGCCUUAUUAUCCUAUUGUCUAUACCAACGAUAACGGCCGCUGCGCUCACGAGUUCAUUUUGGAUAUCCGACAGUUCAAGGAAACGGCCGGUAUCGAAGCCAUCGAUGUCGCGAAGCGUCUUCAGGAUUAUGGCUUCCACGCACCUACUAUGUCCUGGCCUGUUGCCAACACCCUCAUGAUCGAGCCCACCGAGUCCGAGAGCAAAGAGGAACUAGACAGGUUCUGCGACGCUCUCAUCUCCAUCCGCAAGGAGAUCGAGGCAAUCGAGAAGGGCGAGCAGCCAAAGGACACCAACGUGCUUAAGAUGUCACCCCACUCACAGCAGGAUCUCAUCCUCGGCGAGUGGAGCCGUCCUUACACUAGGGAAAACGCUGCAUAUCCCUUGCCAUACCUGAAGGAGAAGAAGUUCUGGCCUGCAGUUACCAGACUUGACGAUGCUUACGGCGACACCAACCUCUUCUGCACGUGUGCUCCGGUCGAAGAUGCAGAGGACAUCACCGGAGCUGCUGCACCCAAUCCGACCUAAUACCUCCGUCGCGUUCGACACACCCCUAUACCACAUUUCUUCGACCUUUAAUGUACAUAAUGCAUUGUAACGCCUGACGAAGACAUCCGGAGAAAAUCUCUCCUUUGUCCAUUCCAUUCACAUAUAGUGCGCACAUCAUCUUUCAACACAGCACGUCCAACAUUUAUUUCCCUCUUCGGCGAGGAGCUCGGGCAGGAAAGCAUCCAGGCAUGGCGUUGAGAAAUCGUUUUUACUUUUUGAUCAGCAUCAAACAAUCCCCCCCAUUUUCAACAGAGGGGCGGCUCCUUGCUGGGUGGUGUUUUUUUUUUUCAAUUUUUGAGAUUUGAUCUACCCUUUAAAUUCAUUUGGGGGAAUUUCUAACAUCGUUUUUUGAUGCGAAGAAUAAAAGUCUAGAACAAUAGAU